CAUUAUCAGAAACGAGACCAAACUUCUAGCACCAUGGUGGACGUGAAGUGUCUGAGUGACGAUGAAUUACAGCAUGAACUUGAUAAGCUUGGAUUUUCACCUGGUCCCGUACUAUCUUCCACCAGAAAGCUGUAUGAAAACAAGUUAAUACAGUUGUUGGUCUCACCUCCCUGUGCAUCACCACCUGUGAAGAAUGAACCUGGAGAGCAGGACGGAGCUCAGGGCUGUGAUGACAAUAAAGAAGACGCUUUCCUGCACGUCCACCGAAUAACACUGCAAACAAGGAAAGUCAUGUCGAUUCAACCCAAUAUUCAGACCCUUUCAGACCUCACCAACUGCCCCGAUAAUGUCUCUGCUUUCGGGCCCAUGAUCAGUCCCACAAGCCCGGGGAGGGCCGCUCCCUUGAGCCCAGAGGCCACACAGUUUCAGGGGGUGCUUAGGUCCACCCACUCAUGUUUUCACAGGGGGGCCUCCAGAGCCCCAGACUCCAGACCCAAAGGACGGAGUGACGCUGAAGAGAAAGACUGCCGCGCAAUAAACUGUAGUGUUGGCGGCAGGGACCUAGAAAAGUUUCCAGUGGGCGUGAAGCUGGCCGCGUUUGUCAUCUUCGUCAUUGUGAUAUUUGUCUACAUAACUGUGGAAAAGAAGCCACUCUUGGGUUAAGCGCUAUGGGAGCAGAGCAAUGAUGGCUCCGAGCCCGCCUGCUUCGAGAAGAACGAGAAGAACGGGACUGCGCUGGAGGGGGAGGGCCAGCCCCACAGCCGGGCAGUCUCCGGUGCACCCGUGACUCUCGCGGACCCAGGCUCAGCCAGGUGCAAGGGACCACCACGGGGAGAGCCGGGGUGCUCGUGUCAAAGAGCUGGGUUACAGGGAAUUCUGUGAGGCAUGCCGACCAUUAAAGGUGCUUCUGCAUGGGAGCGAGCUUCGGAAAAGGAAGCUGUGCCAGCUUUCUCCUUUUUAGUGAUGGUAACAAGGCAGCAAUCACAUGUUAUUCAUUCUUCAAAUUGUAUAGUCAUCUAUGGGAAAGGCCGCAACACGUAAUUAACAACGAAAUAAGUAUGUCUGACUUGGCAAACAAAAGAAAAGAUCCAAAA